CCCAGGCCUCGGGGACAAACCGCGAAGCCUCCCAGGGGCGCUUGGGGACCGCGGCGCAAAGUCGGAAUUUCCCCUCCGGGCCCCCUCGAGCGCACUCCCCAGGGAAUGGCCUGGCUAACAGACCCUGAGAGAUUCUUCUGGGGGAGGGAUUAUGUGGACCUGAGGAGGAGGAGCACCCUGGCAGCCGAGAGAGACAGAGACAGAGACUAGGAAACCCAAGGGGUUGGGCCUAUACGAUUUAAAAGCAGCGAUUUUAGUGAGCAACCAAAGGAUUGCUAGACAUUUAAAAGAUGCAGUAACGAUUGUAACAAGCAAACAAAGGGCUGCCAAAGACAUCUAAAGCAUGCAAUGGAGCCUCACUUUUCAGGGAGAGAAUGGGGGAGGAAGGAGAGAGAGAAAAAAAUAUGAAUAUGAUACAAGAUAUGGGUUGCAGGCCACGUUUCUUCUUUCCCACUCCUCACUGCUGGACUGAGAGGCAGAUGUGCCAGGUAGAGAUAAGGUUUUUCUCUCCUGGUUGCCUUUUGCACAGAAUGCCAGCCUGUAAGGCGGUGGCUGCCUCACCAGGAAGGACAGUCUACUGGGAAGCACGUCUUACCAGACAGUUCAAGCAGUUGCUUUUUUUUUUUUUUAAUGUUUCUUUUACUGAUUUCAGAGUUAAGGAAGAUUUUAGCGUGCUGUCUCCACCUGGGAACAAGUUUGUGUUUUUAGUAUUUCUUCAGGCUGCAUAGACACAGAUAGGACUGUGAGAAAUUGAUUGGGGGAAAGAAAGACUGUGAAGAGAAAGAGCGACACCUGCAGCACUGCUUCACUGCUCAUGAAGGUUCCCCUCUACAGGAAUUACAAGUGUGACUUUAGACCGCCACUUACAACUGAGUGUUCAGCUGGUAAAACUGCAGAUCUUUCAGAAGAAGCCAGCUGAGAAGAAGCUGAGGCUCGCACGCUUCUGAGCUGCUGUGGAUGGCCCUGACUCUCUUGACCACCCUCCUGAGUAGGAUGUCACUGAGAUCCCUCAAAUGGAGCCUCCUGCUGCUGUCCCUCCUGAGCUUCCUCGUGAUGUGGUACCUCAGCCUGCCCCACUACAACGUGAUAGAACGGGUCAACUGGAUGUACUUCUACGAGUACGAGCCAGUGUACAGACAAGACUUCCGCUUCACCCUGCGGGAGCAGUCAAACUGCUCCCACCAAAAUCCAUUUCUGGUCAUCCUGGUGACCUCACAUCCCUCUGACGUCAAAGCCAGACAGGCCAUCCGAGUCACCUGGGGUGAGAAAAAAUCUUGGUGGGGAUAUGAGGUGCUCACGUUUUUCUUGCUAGGCCAACGGGCUGAGAAGGAGGACAAAAUGCUAGCCUUGUCCUUAGAGGACGAACACUUGCUUUAUGGAGACAUAAUUCGGCAGGAUUUUCUAGACACGUAUAAUAACCUGACCUUGAAAACUAUCAUGGCUUUCAGGUGGGUGACUGAGUUUUGCCCAAACGCCAAGUACAUCAUGAAGACAGACACCGACGUUUUCAUCAACACUGGCAACUUAGUGAAGUACCUGUUAAAUGUAAACCACUCAGAGAAGUUUUUCACUGGCUAUCCUCUCAUCGAUAAUUAUUCCUACAGAGGAUUUUACCAGAAAACCCAUAUUUCCUACCAGGAGUACCCCUUCAAGGUGUUCCCUCCCUACUGCAGUGGAUUGGGAUAUAUCAUAUCCAGAGAUCUGGUGCCACGAAUCUAUGAGAUGAUGAGUCAUGUCAAACCCAUCAAGUUUGAAGAUGUUUACGUCGGGAUCUGUUUGAAUCUGCUGAAAGUGGACAUUCACAUCCCAGAGGACACCAACCUUUUCUUUCUGUACAGGAUCCACCUGGACGUCUGUCAGCUGAGGCGUGUGAUUGCUGCCCAUGGCUUCUCUUCUAAGGAGAUCAUCACAUUUUGGCAGGUCAUGCUGAGGAACACCACCUGCCAUUACUAACCCACCAUCCCACAACAGGCCUAGAGAAGGAUGGGCUGCUUUGGAGGCAGUGGUGAAGUUGGUACUUUUUUUUUUUUUUUCUUUUUACCAGAGCACUGGUUCAGCUCUGGUUCGGCUUAUGUUGGUGCGGGGAGGAUUGAAUCUGGGACUUAAUGGAGCCUCAGGCAUGAGAGUCUGUUUGCAUAGCCAUUAUCCUAUCUACCCCCGCCUGUAGUUGGUACUUUUAAACAGCCAAGGCAAGCCCGUGAGGAAGUCACUAUGCUGAAACUGGCAUCGAAUCCAUGAGCUGGGCACAAGUGACUGUCCUUUAUUUUGACAAAAACCACCGCGGGCUCUUUAAAAGGAAUCUUUCGAUGAAGCAAGUGGAGAUUUUCUGUAUGGAAGCUACUAGGCCCAAACCAUUUGAAUUUGUCAUUCUUUAGACUAGAGCUUCUUUAAAGGGUUUUGUUCAGUAAGCUCUCUAGUAACAUAGCGCAUUGAACAGUGUGGAGUCCUUCCCAUUCAGCAGUCUAAGCAGUUAAAGGUUUUGUGUAGAUCUUAAAUGGAAUGUCUAUUUUCCAAACUAUGUAGUUGUGUGUAUAAAAAAAGAAAACAAACAAACAAAAACCCUGAGCUAAAAUUAUACCAAACACAAUUUCAUCUGUUUUGGUCAUUCUAAAUGUGACAGUAUUUUAUGGUUAUCAAUUCUUAAUCUUAUUAUAGAACUCUGGAUGUUUGAAUAUUAUGGUUGUUUUAAUACAGUACAGACUAAGGAAUCACCCUUAACAUUUGAACUAUUUUCCAGUUACUUCACUAGUGGGUUUAUUCUUGUUGCUCCAUUGUUAAGUCAUCGGUCAUUACUGUGUACCAGUACUAUCUUGGACUUUGAUACAUAUUUUAUCAUGGUAA